AUGACUGUAACUACAAAGCGCAAGCGCGGCGCUGUGUCAUACAAGGAGCUUAGCAGCGAUGAGGACCUGUCCGAGAGCUCUGAAUAUGAGCGAUCCUCCAGAAGGAAGCGCCUUGCGCCCGCUCGACGAUCUACGAGGCACCGAACCAACGAUGACGACGACGAUCGUCAAACGACACCAGAGCCGUCCCCUCCACCUGAAUCAUCGAGAAAGAAGCAAGCGGAGACGCGGACCAGGAGACACCGCAAAGUUUCAUAUAAGGAUGUCAGCUCAGACGAAGAAGAGGAUCCAGAUGCCGAUUUCGAGAUUCCUGCAGAGCACGUUAGACCCAGACAGUCUAGAGUCAAAGCAACAUCAGCACCUUUGCCGCGACCCGAGAGUUGUGAGAGGAACAAGAAAAAGGGCCGUUCAAAGCAGAAGCUGGUCAUUGGCCGGAUACGAAAGCCCACCCGGGCAAUAGACACAGCAUCAGAGGCCAUUAUGAUCCCAUCUGACGGACACAAGCCCGCAUGGCAGUCUCUGCCAUAUCAUGUUCUGCUCCAGAUCUUUGUAUAUGCGUCACAUCCUUUGCAUGACGAGAAUCUGAAGCCUACAACAUCCAUCUCAUGGUUGACCCAACUGGCACGCAUGUGUACGACAUUCACGAAACCAGCGUUGACCGCCCUUUAUCGCAACCCACCUAUUUUCGCCAUGAGCCAAAAUCGCAGGGACCUCGUUUAUCACCUCAUACACAAACCAACCGGCGCGCAUGAAGACUAUCCAGUAAUGCCGAAACGCUUGACUUUGGAUGCCACUCAGAUGUCAACACUGACUGACCCCACGCACAGCGUAGCCGACUUAGCAGCACUUGUCAAAGCCUUGACCACACUCCGCGAGAUUGAUAUCUUUGACCCAGUUGACAGACCACCCUAUCGCGGGCGACUGCGACGAGUUCGUCGAUGGGUCUACCCAGAUGAGCUUUUUACCGCACUGCGCGAGACGGACUUGCGCCUUCGCAGCUGGCGGUGGAAUAGCACAUAUUGUCCGCGAGGCCCACUCUGGAUGAAGAGCAUACACGGUGACCAAGCAUUUCGGAGCCUACAUGAAGUCACGUUGGUGAAGUACCACCCAGAGCCUUCUCGCGAAGAUGAGGAGGAGGAGGAUGACAAUACGGCACCUACCAUGGAAGAGCUGGUCGGGUCUGCACUGGCUGUCCUGCAGAAUUUGAGGUCGCUCACAUUCGAGACUUGUGGUAUCGUCAGAGGUCGUCUUCUACCCCUCCUGCCAACGAACCUUGUCAGCUUGAGCAUCAUCAACUGCGGAGAGCUCCUCUCAUAUGCACUAUCUAGUUUUCUGACUACUCACGGCGCGCAUCUGGAAGAGCUCGUUCUGCACCACAACCAAGCACUUGACCUGCGUUUCCUGGUUGACUUGAAACAGUCUUGCCCGAGGCUUGAGAUGCUGCGCAUGGAUACGACAUACUACAGCUCUCUCGUCAUGUCGUCCGACAACGAGCCUCUUUACGACUCGCUGCUUGGGGAAGACGAGAUUCCCACUUGGCCUUCGACUUUGCGUAUCCUCGACAUGCAAUACUUGCGCAAAUGGAACUCUACAUCAGCCGGCAACUUCUUUCAGUCGCUGAUAGAUUCAGCUGAAGGAUUGCCCAAUCUGCAGGAUCUCACGAUAAUUGCCAUGGUUGACACCGACUGGCGGCAACGCGCUGAAUUCAGAAGGAAGUGGAGCGCUACCUUCCAGGCUGUAUUCGUAAGAAAGUGGGAGCCACCAAAUCCCCACCUUGCCUCAUUCAAGGCCUUUAAGCUAUGGAAAGAGGAGCAGAUGUCCUCAGCACCGGGGGUUACUCAACCAGAGGGAGAGGACAAGGUUGACUCUUUCAUUGAGGGCGUGUCAGAGGAGCUGGCAAAACGUCAAGCUUCAAAUGACAGCGACAGCGACGCGCCGCUCGUAUCCAGGCGUAAAAUACAAGACGAGCGAUGGGGUUCGACCCGUCUUCGCUCGCGAGCCGGGGCAAAUGCAAGCUACGAUGAGGAGUCUGAAGCAUCUAGGUCCGAUGGAGAGGCUGAAGACGACGAGCAGGUCUCUUUUGUGCAAGGCCGCUGCCACACGGUCAUCUUCCGCAUCGACAAUUUCCGACCCCGAGAGGAAAUUUACGCCGAGGCUGACUUCCUUGAUGCUGAGCCCAGUGGCGAUGACGAAUGGAACGGCAACGACGAAGCUGCCGAUGAAGGCGGAUAUGCUUGGUAA